AUGAUUUCAAGUUCUAGUUCAUCUCGCGACAAAGGAGCAGAAGCAAUUCCCGGAGGAGUCGUCGCUGUCGUCGAUCCUCCAGACCCUAGGUGGCCUUAUUUACAUAGGUGGACGCAGGAGAGCUCUUCCCCACCGGUUAAUCCUCCCCCAAAUACACCGUUGAUUCUCUCAGCUGCUAGAAUAGGGUUGAGUAAUUCUCGAUCUAUUCAAGAUUAUUUUCUUCCGGCGGUUUCAAUUGAUUCAGCUACUACCAAGUCUCAGUUAGCACCGUUAGUGAAGAGUUUGAUUGAGAUUGCAACUCCGACAAUUGAACCUGUUGUCCAGAGAAGUCCCCUGCCUCUCCGGUGUCGACUCUCAAAGGAGCUUGGCAGGUUCCUUGCAACGUCAGUUCUACCUCUCAUCAUCUUGCAGCAGGUCAAGCUAACAGACACAUCAUCUACGCAGAGAUGGCCUUCACUUGUGGUCUCUAGUGGUAAGAAGCGGAUGACUACUGUUGGUAUUGAUCAUAGUAAGGAUUCAAAGGUUAUUGAUAGGUCUCGAACAGUUGAGGAUGAGUCUCUGAAAGUUUUUUCAAAGGAUUAUCCUUGGGCUGCAAAGAUGGAUCAAUCGAAGCGUAAUUUGCAUCGAGUUACUACGCCGGAUUACUUAGAGCAUGGAACCCCUUUGAGAGCAUUGUGGCACGUGGAUGAUUGUUUGAUGUUCGUCUCAACUUGGUCACCCGUUGCCAAUUUCGAAGUUCCGGAGAUCACAAUGAUUCCUGCUUGGCUUACGCUCAAGAACAUCCCUAACCAGUUAUACUCUUUUAAAGGGAUUAAAUGGAUUGCUUCGGGGAUUGGGGAGACUAUGUUAACUAGCAGACCUUGGCUGGAUCCAACCCAAAUGGGAGAAGCUAAGAUCUUGGUCGAGGUAAAACUUGAUAAACCCUUUCCUCAAAGGGUUGCUUUAAAAGAAGAAUGUGGCUCAAUAACUAUGGUUGAUGUCGUUUACUCGUGGCUGCCUUCUAAGUGUUUAGAGAAGACUGUCGUUUCAGCUUGUAAUAAUGGUACUCCUUUGAAUGAGAAUAGCAUUGUCAAUGCUUCAACCAAGGCAUUAGAUACGGCUAUUGUUUCUAAUGGUGCAGCGAUAUUGAAAGGGUUUCACAAAACUGUUGAUGACACAUCGGUUUUACCCCUUCAAGUUAUAGGUACUAUCACCGACUUUCUCUCCUCUUCAAACUCGAAAGAAGAAACUGUCAUUGGCUUGGGAUCAGUAGCAAUUACUGAUGCAAGUAAAGAUGUGGUUGUCGGUCCUCAGCUAGUUGAGAAGGAGGUCUUGCAAAUUUCAGAUUCAAAUACUGCCAUACUUUCUUCAACCAUGAAAGUGAUGGCUACUCCCGCAAAGGUCUCUACAAAUAACACUACCUCUACUGCAGGGGUCAAAUCUAGUACUAAUACUUCUUUCCGCAAAGCUUCUAGUUCAAAUAAAUUUGCGGUGCUGGAUUUAGCAUCGGAUGUGGUUCUGCGCGAAGAUUCAAACAUGGUUGAUUCUGACAAGUCUGAGGAUUCAGAUGAGGAUCUCAUAAUGAAUCUAAAGUCAACAUUUUCAGGAAAACAUCUCCAAGACAGACCGUUGCAAUUUCCGAACAAGGCAAUAAAUAUUGGUCAUGGAGGAAGAGGAAGAGGAAGACGAGGUCGAGGAAAUCGUGGUCGACGAGGUGGGUUUGGUUAA